AUGUCAGAAAUAACAUUAGUUACUGAUUGUAUUAGUGAGGUCCAUUUAAUCCUUAAAAACGCAAAGAAAUCAUCAAAUAGAGGCUAUACGACAGCCACUAUAACAGAAAAAAUCAAGCGUCUAGACUAUAUUCAUAGUAAAGUUAGUGCUAUAUACAAAACAGUAGAAAUAGAAAAGAUUAACACCUUGAUAGAGACUUUUGUCGAUAAAUACAAUUCAGCAAAAAAUUAUCUAUCCAAAAUGAAUAACCAGAACAACGUUGACCAUACAAAUACACCAAAUACUAAUAAUACAAAUACAAUUACCCCAAAUACUACAAUGACUAAUCAACCAUUAAAUACUGAAGCUUUGGAAAAAUACCUUCCAAUAUUCACUGGAAAAGUGUCUGAGCUAAACGGAUUCAUAUUUAGGUUAAAAGACAGUUACAAUAAAUUACGGGAAGCAGAUAAAAGCUAUUUUAUCGAAUACAUAGUUGAAUGCAAACUACAGCACAACGUACGUAUUAGAGUUAGUCCCAUUGGUUUUCCACAAUCUAUUAAAGAACUCAUUGAUAAUCUAAGAGAAAAUUUUGUAUCAGAAGAUACAGUCCCUAAACUCUUACAAAAACUAAAUGACACAAAACAAGGUAAUUCAAAUAUAAAAGACUAUGGUGAUAAAAUGUCUGAUAUUUUAUCAAAACUCAACAAUGCGUCGUUGCUAAAGAGAAACUACGACAAAUGCUCACCAGAGGGUAUAGCAAUUGUCCAAUGUAAUGAUGAUAACGCAUUGUUAGCGUACAAAAAAGGUUUAAACCAUUUAUAUUUCCAAACUGUGCAAGCUGCACAACCGACAAGCUUCAAUAAGGCUAGGCUAUUUGCAGAGAAUAUGGAUAUACCUACUCAGCAACAACAUUUAUUAGCCUAUAACUUAACAUUUAAUAGAUUUCCUAAUUACCGACAUCCCGGUAACAAUAAUUCAAAUCGAAGGAAUUACCAUACUAAUGGUAAUCGAUAUAACGGAAAUAAAGGAAAUUUUAAUAACGGAAAUAUUAGUAAUACACACUCAAACUGGAAUGGAAACCUUAGAUAUCAAAAUACUAGAAACCAAAGCAAUUACAAUGCAAACGCGAACCGUGCAAACAACAACCGGUACAAUAAUGGAAGCGCAUCAAAUAAUCGCAAUAUACCAAAUAGGCGUGUGCGUAUAACUAACGCUCAGGAAAACUACGAGCAACCAGAGAUGGAAUUGGAGAACCAUCCACUGGUUCGAAAUUAA